UAACACAAUAAAUACCAUUGUUAUUCGUCAAACCAAUCUAAAGCUUCAAUUGUGGGAGUAUAUGAGUGGUUCCCUGAUACGUUUCCCCUGUUCAUCACAGUUGCUUCUGCUUUUUUUUGUUUUGUUUAUUAUAGUAACUUUGAGGGAACCACCACUCACCUGACACAAACAACCAAACCAACCCUCAUUUUCAUUUUUCACCGCCAUGAAGUUUGAAGAAAUCGAGCUUUUCAGAUGCAAGCACGCUGUUCCCAGAACGGUUUACCUCUUACCAGUCACCGUGCUCCUCGCCGUGGUCCUCCUCACUCUGCUCAGAAACUGGAACCAAUAUUCAUCUUCUGCAACCACUUUGGGAGCAACUGAAACAACAGAAUAUUGCAACCUUUUUUCUGGAGAAUGGGUUCCUUACCCCAAAGAUCCUUACUAUGAUAACAAGACAUGUUCCUUCAUAUCGGAGAAGCAGAACUGCUUCAUGCAUGGAAGACCUGACAGAGAUUUUCUCCAUUGGAGAUGGAAACCUGAUGAGUGUGAGCUUCCUCUGUUUGAUGCAACCCUGUUCUUGAAGCUUGUUCAGGGGAAAUCCAUGGUUUUUGUUGGUGACUCUGUUGGGAGAAAUCAGAUGGAAUCAUUGCUCUGCCUCUUGAGUUCUGUUGCUCGUCCUGAGGACAUCACAGGCAGAUACAGAUCCAAAACCGACAUAUAUUUCAAGUGGUGGUUCUACUCCGAUUACAACUUCACACUCACAUUACUAUGGUCCCCAUUUCUUGUCAAAUCCACAAAAACAUAUGUCAACGACAGCUCUUUCUACACCUCUGAGAAACUCUAUCUAGACGAGCCGGAUGAAGCUUGGACCACUGAAAUCGCGAAAUACGACUUCGUGAUUAUCUCAGGUGGCCAAUGGUUCUUCCGGCCACUGACAUUCUACGAAAAUGGCCAAGUCGUGGGGUGUCAAAAAUGCAACAACUCCACAGAGCUCAACUACUACGGUUACCAGCACGCAUACAGAACCGCACUGAGAACAAUUGCGAAUCUCAAAGGUUUCAAGGGGUUGGCGUUUCUUGUGACGCACUCUCCGAACCAUUUUGAGAGUGGACAUUGGAAUACAGGUGGGAGCUGUAACAGGACACGGCCUUAUACAAAAGAAGAGAAAGCUCAGGUUCAUCCUUAUGGCCUUGAGACUCUGCAUCAGAUUCAGGUGGAGGAGUUCGCGACGGCGGAAGAGGAAGCGAGGGAGAAGGGGUUGCGAUUUGAGUUGAUCGAUUUAACGGAGGUGAUGGUGAUGAGGCCUGAUGGGCAUCCUGAUAAAUAUGGGCACGCGAUUGAUAAAGAUGUGAGCGUUAGGGACUGCGUUCACUGGUGUAUGCCUGGGCCUGUUGAUACUUUGAAUGAGAUUUUGCUCUAUAUGAUCAGAACGGGAAGGUGAUGACUGAUGAUAGAUCUUCUGAUUUUGAUUUGGAAUUGUAUAAUGGUGAUUGAAAAUUUGAAACUUUUUUUUAUGAACUUAUAGAGUUAUUGAACUUGAAAUACAGUUUAUUUAAGGUCUAUUAUAUAGUAGGCAAGUUAGAAUUAUCAUGUAAUUGAGUUAUAAAUUGUUUUUAAUUUGAAAAUUGGAGACAAGCUUUUACUUCAUAAGAAAAA